GUGAUGAUGAGAUUACCGAGUUACUUUCUCUUGUGUACUUUCACAAUCCUUGGUAUACAAUACAUUGAGUUUUGCGCUCCUCGCGAUCAGACAAUUCGCUUUCAAGAUGCCAUUAUGUAGCGAUGUCCUCGUUCAUCCUUCAUUAAAGUGCGCGCUACGCGGGAAACCCUCGGCAUCAGCAGUCCAAUUCCGGAACCUCAAAUACGCGUCGAUACCGGCCCGCUAUAAGGACUCGAUACCAUUUGAAUCGUUAGAAGUAGAUUCUAGUGGAGUUUUCGAUGCGACUUAUUUCGGUCCAUCGUGUCCGCAGCUACGAGGAGCCCAGGCAUGGGAUCUGACACUGGUUGGCGUGAUCACACUACCUUGCGAGCAGGGGCAAGGGAAGACAGAAAAUAUGGAUGAGUUUGAGUGUCUGAAUCUCACUGUCACGGUACCAACGUCUCCCACGGCUAGCAAAAGAAAAGGAAGAAAUGAGCUACCAGUCUUUGUAUGGGUCCAUGGCGGAGGACUCAGCAUGGGUUCCAAUAGCUGGCCGCAAUACGAUGUGCGCAGAUUUGUGGAUAGAAGUAGUAAGAUUGGCAAACCCAUCAUUGGAGUCGCGAUCAACUACCGCCAUGGUAUCUUUGGAUUUUUGGCAAGCGAUGAAAUUGGCGCAACGGGCAAUAUGGGCUAUAAAGAUCAAGUACUAGCUUUCCGAUGGAUAAAAAAGCAUAUUGCAGGAUUUGGAGGCGACCCGGCCAAUGUUACAGCCGUUGGCGAAUCUGCAGGAGCAAUAUCAUUGUCGACACUGCUCUGUGCGAACAUUGGAACCGAAGGCUUGUUUGAAAGGGUAGUCCUUAUGAGUGGCGAGGUGACACUGCGUAAACCAACCAAUCGACGAUGGCAACAACAAAUGUUUGAAGAUCAAGCCAAACAUUUGGGUCUGGACGUGAAAGAUAAACAAGGCUUAAAUAUAGUACUCUUGGAUACAGAAGCUGAAGCGUUGGCGCAAAAGUUGCCAUUAGCACAGCACUUCUCUGGGACGGUAGAUGGAAAAUGGAUCAAAGAAGAUAUAACAAUCAAAACUGUAACGAACGGGGGAAGAGUGGAACAUAAACCAAUCUGGUGUAAAGAGUUCGUCACGGGAGAUGCAGCGCAUGAUGGCAUGGUCCUAAAAGCAAGAAUACUCGACCACCCAGAUGCCCUCGCACGGCUCAAGGUAGCCUGCAAAAUGCACCUCUCGCCGUCCGAGACCCAAAGGCUUUUAGCCGCCUAUAACCUCCAAAACACACCAUCCAAGGAGGAAGAGAUGGACCGCUUACGCGAGAUUGCCUCUGAGCUCCGAUUCUACCUGCCCAGUCUCGCUGCUUAUAGAGGCUGGAAAGCUACUUCGCCACCAAAACGCGCUUCACGGUACCACUUCCAUGUUCCCAACCCGGUAGAUGGGCUUUGCAAGGGUCUGGCAUCCCACGAGCUAGAUGUUGCAUACCUCUUGCAAAACUUCAAUGACCAUUUCGAUGAGCGAAAUCGGAAGAUUGCACAAGAGAUGGCUGAUCAUUUUAUUAACUUUACUAAUGGCGAAGGAUGGGUCGAAAAUGGCAAGGUUAUUGUCUUCACCCGAGAUGGUAUCGCAAAGGUAGAUGAGGAGAGAUAUGACCAGGAAUACAGAGGUGGGAGAGGAACGGUCAUGGAAGAAAUUGGAGCGGAGAAAUUGCGACAUGUUGCUGAGACGUGGCAAGGUGUGAGGAAAGAGGAACACGCAAGCACUAGGAGCAUUUCCAAAGAAGCAAAGUUGUGAGUGAGUGAGUACCAUCAUGAUCAAAGCUAUAAAACUAUAUUCUGCAACUCUUUUCUCGACGGCAGGUUAUGGUCAUCUCAUCUAAUUGACUUGGACAAUGUUUGCUCCGCUCAUUACAUGUCCCUUCUAGAGACUCACUUACAUAGUCAUACCUUCAGUCUGCUCUUCAUGUUUACUGGUCCUGAGCACA